GGACAAGUGGUGGGCCGAGUUCAAGGGCAAGCAGGGCGGCUACCAGGCCCGUGCUGCGCGCAUCCGUUAGGUCGUACCGUCCAAGCCGCGCCUGCCGAUGUAGGAAGAUAGAUAGAUACCAUCGUAAAGCACGUAGAAUUAAGUAGAACAAUGCGUUGACGCAUGAAGAUAUCCAUAUACGAGCUAUUUGCGUAAUAUUCACAUGCCCUUCACGAUCUUCCAUCAAAAUCAGCACAACUCUGAUGAGCCAGUGAACAGAUUGGGUGGUUCAUGUUCAGUUACCAGUCUUGGCGGUCGUGGGGUGGGGUGGCUGGUGCAUCAGAGAUUCAAAGCGCGUUCAAACGCUUUCGCGAAGUCGUUUUUCGCGAGAAUACUGUAAUACUAGCAAAAGGGCGUCCGCAAUCCCAUCACUCGCCCGUCGUGCAUCCGCCAAAAGAUGGCCAUUAUCGAACCGGGAAAACAAGGGCUGUACUCCCCACCGGCGGGACCACCUCCUCCACCACUUAUAACGUACUCACCGCCCGCGGGGCCUCCUCCACCUUGGGAGGCCUUCCGGGUCGCAUGCCAACGACCUCAAAAGGUUCAACUGGGAAUCUUCGACAAUCUUCCAGAGGAGCUAAUAGUCGAGGAUAUCCUUCCCCUGCUGAGCCCCCAUUCAAUCGAGACGUUAUCUCGAGUUUGCCGCGCUUUUCAAGUUCAUUGCAGGGACGAUCAGCUGUGGAGACGGAUAUGCUUGGCGAAGGACGAGGAAGCUGACGAGGAAGCAGCAAAACGCUUUCGAGCUCUCACUGGAGCCUCCAACAUUCCGCCGCCCGACCCGGGCUUGUUUCCCUACUCUUUUGCCAAGUGGUGCCGAUGCCAUAUGAAUCUCUCAGGCUUUAACAAUUCCUCCAUGUCAAACGGCAUUCAGAGGGGUUCUAGUCACGAUUUCACGGCGGAGCAGUUCCAGAGCAGGUUCGAGUCAUUAUCCAUACCUCUCCUGAUCGGACCUGAAUACGUCAAGUCAAACUGGACGGCCAUGAAGAAGUGGACAAUGGCGAGUCUGUUGGAACAGUACGAACACGUUCGCUUCAAAGUUGGCAAUGAGUACGGAAACCCGCGAAAAGUCGACAUGUCAUUCGGCGCGUACACCGAUUAUAUGAUCCGUCAGAACGACGAGUCUCCGCUUUACGUUUUUGACUCGGACUUCGCCGAGAAGGCCUCCUCGAUGUUGGAAGACUAUGCAGUUCCGCCAAUGUUCAGCGACGACCUGCUGCAAGUGUUAGGGGAUGAUAGGCCAGAUUACCGGUGGUUGGUGAUAGGACCAUCUCGUUCAGGAGCAAGCUGGCAUGUAGAUCCCUUGGGCACUUCGGCGUGGAAUGCCUUGAUAUCGGGACGGAAGCGCUGGGCGCUCUAUCCGCCAGAGGUCACACCUCCAGGCGUGGACGACGAUGAGGAAGGGAUGUCUAGCCUGGAAUGGUAUCUAGAGGUUUAUCCCUACCUACCGAGUCAUAUGAAACCCAUCGAAGUCAUCCAGGAGCCUGGAGAAAUCAUAUUUGUCCCUGCUGGAUGGUGGCACCUGGUGCUCAACAUUGACCCGUGCAACAUUGCCGUAACCCAGAACUGGGCGAGCAGAUGGAAUCUGAGCGGCGUUGUUUCGGAGAUGGCUGAUUCGGGGAAACCCAAACUUCGGGAGAAAUACCAACGAUUUCGAGAUGCGAUUAUGGUUUCACACCCGGAGUUUGCAUCAACGUUCACAACUCAUGGACCGAGUACCGAUCCCAUCAUUCUAUCGGAAGGCUACAGUACGCGUAGCGACUUUCAUGAGGGAUUCGACUCGGAUGCCGAUAAAUGGAUAGAGCGGAUCAACAUGAUAUGGGCUUCCAAGUUUCCCACGAGCUCAACUGUCCUUUUGAAGGACGUAAUACCUCUAAGCACUGGUAUAAAUCCGGUGUAUUUCCAUGCAGAGAGCAACCAUAUUGUAAAGUUCUACUCGCAUCUAGGGGGCGGGAAAGCAUCGUUCCACUCGGAGGCAUCAGCUCUAUCGAGACUUUCAGCGCAUACUACCAAAGGCCAUUCCUUUUUUCCUGCACUCCUCGCCAGUGGAACCCUGGCUGAUUUACAUCCCAGAAAGUUCGACGCCUGGUCAUGGCCAUACACCGUCCAGUCCAACGAUGGCGCUUUGGAAACGCUCUCGAUGGGCGAUGUCUGUGCGUACUUCACUGACAUUCAUUGGACCGCUUGCGUGGAUAGCAUCGCAGCGCAUGUCCGGGCGCUCCAUCAGACACCACGAGCAUCAGAUCUGACCGAUGUACGUUUAUGGAGCCCGUUUCUUCAAGGGAGGAUUGAACGGGCGGAAGCCGAGCACGCACGCUGGGGCCAUGUGCCGCCCGUCUUAUUGCGUCGCCUCAACGAGUUCAUCGGCACUGCUCUCAGCUGCGAAAUCGAAGCCAUGGCCAGCGUACCAGCCGUCACGUUAUUGCACGGCGACCUCACUCCCGGCAAUAUCAUCGGCCGAUGGAACGGACUGGAUAUAGCCACAUGGAUGCCCACACAGUUGAUCGAUUUUGGCGAUUCGCUGCAUUGCGUAGACGACACGGCCGACCCGAUGAUUGGAGGCGGGAAUGGGAAUCUCUUGAAAAUCGAUUACUAG